CACAUGAGCACCAGACCACGAUCAGACACACAAGCCAGACGCGAAGAUCAGAUUCAGCUCCAGUCAGAUAUUCACUCAGCCACUGCUGAAAUCCGACGACUGAAUUUCUCCUUAAACACUAACUACAGAACUUCUAAAAGACUCAGCGAUGGUCAGCGAUAGUCAGGUUGUGUUGGAUGUGGACGUGCCGAAGGUGAUGCUCGUACGUGAGAAGGCCAAGUCAACGUCAGGAAUUUGGAGGACGUGUGGAGUUCUGCUCGCCGUGGCUCUCUGCGCUGCCGCCGCAGUCUGCUUCGCUCUACACCAGAAACAAAAUAAACCAGAUGAAACUCAAGCUGAAAUCAAGCACUCGCUGAGGCAGAUUUCUGAGUCAGCAAAGGCUGCGAUUCAUCUCUCAGGUAAAUACAUCUCAAGCGUUUCCAACGGGUCCGUGGUUUGGACCGACAGCGCAGACCAGUCCUUCGCGUCAGGCUUGAAAUUGGAGGGCAACAAGAUCACGAUUCUCCGUAAGGGCCUGUACUUCGUCUACAGCCAGGCCUCGUACCGUCUGAACUGCCUGGCCGAUAACGAGGAAAGUGAAGGCCAGGUGGUGCACAUGAGCCACACCAUCUCUCGCUGGUCUGACUCAUACGGAGCAUGGAAACCGCUGCUGAGCGCCACCAGAUCAGCCUGCAAGCAAACCUACGGAGAGCAUCAGUCUCACUGGUACGGCGCUAUCUACCUCGGAGCCGCGUUCGAGCUGGACGCCGGAGACCAACUGCGCACCGUCAUGGACAAGAAGCUGCUGUCCAAAGUGGAGAGCUCAGGCGGGAAAACAUUUUUCGGAGCUUUCUCCUUAUAAAGAUCUCAAGCGUAAUGAUCAUGAAACUUUUUAAUGGUUCCUUUUCGCGUUUUGUAUCAAAACACCAUCAUAAAUAGAGCUUUAACCAGUGGAGCUGAUUAAAGCUUUAAUAAAUGAAACAGAUUUAAUUCUGUCACUGACAAAAUCUAGGAACUUUUUAUUUAUAGAUUUAUUAUUUAUUUAUUUAUUAAUCUAUUUUAUUUAUUAUGUCACCAGCUAUUUAUUAAAAUGUAUUUAAUUGAUUUUGUUUUG